AUGGCGCUCAACACCAAUGUCAAAGCCAGCCUCGAGAUUACCAAGGGAGCUACGGCAGAAGACCCCAUCCCACUCGAUCUCAGCUCUACCAACUCAUUCAAGGACGAAGAUGUCCGUCUCCUAGGACCUUUCCCGACCGAGGAAGAAUGGGCGACUCUGCCACGAGUCGCUGGGAGAAUCCCCUGGCAGGCUUGGACUGUCGCUGCAGUCGAGUUUGUGGAACGUUUCUCUUAUUAUGGAACGAGUGCUGUUUUCGUCAACUUCAUCCAAAAGCCGCUCCCACCGGGCUCCAACACGGGAGCUGGGUUCCUGAAGAAUCCCGGUUCUGGUGCCCUUGACAUGGGCCAGCGAGCGUCCACAGGUCUGACCAUGUUUAACCAAUUCUGGUCUUACAUCACUCCGCUCGGUGGAGCCUGGCUCGCGGACGAAUACUGGGGCCGGUACAAGACCAUUCAAUACUCCAAUGUUCUUGCUGUCAUCGGUCAUGUUAUCCUCAUCAUGUCUGCCAUUCCUCAGGUCAUUGUCAAGCCCAACGUUGCCAUUGCAAUCUUUGCUGUUGGUCUCGUCAUCAUGGGACUAGGGACUGGUGGCUUCAAGUCCAACAUUUCGCCUCUGAUUGCAGAGCAGUACAAGGACCAAAAGGCUUAUGUCCGUGUCAAGAAGAAUGGCUUGAAGGAGAUUGUUGAUCCCGCCACCACGACGGCCAGGAUCUACAUCUACUUUUACUUCCUCAUCAACUGUGGAUCCAUCUGUGGAUCCAUCGCAAUGGUCUACUCGGAACACUUUGUCGGCUUCUGGCUCUCCUACACCCUACCCACUAUCUGCUAUCUCCUCUGCCCCGUCAUCUUGAUCGCGAUGAAGAAACACUACAAGUUGACUCCUCCCACGGGAUCCGUCAUGGGCAAGGCUUUCAAGCUCAUCCGCCUUGCUAUCAAGCAUUCGCCCAAAAAGAACACAUUCAAGGACGAGGGAUUCUGGGAGCGUGUCAAGCCCAGCGCGUUCAGCCAACGCGGCGAGUCUGCGCCUGCAUGGAUGAGUUUUGACGACGCGUGGGUAGACGAGGUCAAGCGUGGAAUCUUGGCUUGUAAAGUCUUCCUCUGGUACCCCUUAUACUGGCUGGCCUACAACCAAAUGAACAACAACCUCGUCUCUCAAGCCAACACCAUGAACCUGGGCUCCACCCCCAACGACAUCGUCUCCAAGCUCAACCCCAUCUUCAUCGUCAUCCUGAUCCCCCUGAUGGACUUCUUCGUCUACCCCGGUCUCCGGAAGAUGGGUGUCCAGCUCUCGCCGAUCAAAAAGAUCACGGCCGGCUUCGCCCUAUCCUCCUUCGCAAUGGUGUCGGCAUGCGUCAUCCAACACUACAUCUACACCAUGUCCCCCUGCGGCAACCAAAUCAACAAGCUCAGCAAAACCCGCAAGGACUGCCACGCAGACAUUUCCGUCUGGGUCCAGGCUUUUCCCUACGGUCUCAUCGGCAUGUCCGAGAUUCUAGCCUCCAUCACAAAGCUCGAGUACGCAUACACAAAGGCGCCCAACAACAUGAAAUCCACCAUUCAAGCCGUCGCACUCUCCACCUCGGCCGUCUCAGCUGCCCUGGGUCAGACGCUUGUCAGUCUGUCAGAGGACCCGCUGUUGGUGUGGAACUAUGGAUCCGUCGCUGUGGUCGCCAUGUGCGGUGGUGUCGGGUUUUACCUUACGUUCCGCAGCGCUGACAAGCAUGAGGAUGCGAUGAACAAUAUGAAGGAGAGCACGUAUAUUGGUGGGCGGGAGAUUGGGGAUGCAGAGAACGUGGAGCACCAUAGUGUACGCGAUGAGAAGAACGAGAAGGGGGCUUUAAACUAG